UCAGUCGUUUGCUGGAAGAGAUGAGUGCGCCAUGAUUUCGAGCGACUACGUGUUGGAACUGUCAAAUGUUUUCUACUCGGGGCAGGUGGAGCCGGGCUCCUGCAUGCAGAGGCUCAUGGGCAGCAUCAAGACGGGGGUCAUCCUGAAGGAUGUGUCGAUGACGGUCCACACGGGGGAGGUGAUGGCAGUACUGGGUUCGAAAGGGAGCGGCAAAAAGGCGCUGCUCGAUGUUAUCUCGCGGAGAGUCCAAGGACCCACGAGAGGUCAAAUUCUGCUCAACAACCAUCCGAUGAACCUGAGUUUAUUCCAGCAGAGGUGUGGGUACGUCACGCAUAAGUGUGACCUUAUUCCCGGACUGACGGUGGAGCAGACCCUGUUCUACACCCCCACGAAAUUCACCGGCUACUUGAAAAAAUCCAAAGUCAAACAAGUCAUGGCCGACUUGGCCCUGUCUCAAGUGGCCAACCGCUGCACCGAGAACCUAACUCAAAGCGAGUACCGCCGCCUCAUGAUCGGCAUCCAGCUGAUCAAAGACCCGGUUAUCCUACUCCUGGACGAGCCCACUUGGGAUUUAGACCCCUUAAACACCUACCUGGUCGUGUCUAUACUCUCCAACGCGUCGAAAAAAUACGGUACGGCCAUAAUCCUCACAAUGGAAAAACCUCGUUCGGAUGUCUUUCCAUUUUUGGAAAGAGUUCUUUACUUAUGUCUCGGCGACGUCGUUUAUACCGGAGGGACAAGGCAAAUGUUGGAAUAUUUCAACGCUAUCGGAUUUCCUUGUCCGCAGCUCGAGAACCCGCUCAUGUAUUACUUAUGUCUGAGUACCGUUGAUAGAAGAUCGAGAGAACGAUUCGUGGAAAGCAACCAUCAAAUAGCCGCAUUGGUGGAAAAGUUUAAAAUUGAGGGGAGUGCGUAUAGGAAGGGGUCGAUUAGUGGACCCAAUCAUGCGAUGGAGGGGACUUUGGGGGGAAAAGUACCCUUGCUGGUGAGUCGGCCGGGGGCGUGGCAAGUGGGGUGGACGCUGUACAGUCGGCUGCUAGUAGGUACUGUCAGUAUACAGAAGUAUGGACUUUUAAGAAUGUUCCUGAGGCUGCUUCUUCUACCUUUGUUUUUCUUUCUGCUGUGGAUUUUCUACCGGGAUAUGAAAAUGUAUCAACACACUUUCGUCACUCGAAGUGGAUUCAUACUGAAUUGUCUGUGUGGGGCGUACUUUUUUGGAAUACUGAACUCGAUUUUCUUAUAUCCGGCUUUCAGGACGAGGUACUUUCAAGAGUCGCAAGAGGGACUGUAUGGUGGUACCUUGUUUCUUAUAACUUAUAACCUAGUGUCCAUACCUUUUUCGUUUGUGUCUAUGGUGGCAGCAAGUUCUAUUGUUUAUCCAUUAGUCGGAAGUUUUGACGAACCUUUGCAGUACCUUUAUUUCGCUUUAGUACUAUGGGCUUGCUACAUUUUCGCCGAACAACAAACAAUGGCCAUCUUAAUGGUGGUGAAAAGUCGGCUUUCGGCAGCCAUAUUUAGCAUCUACAUCACGUGCAUCUGCAUUACUUUGGGUAGCGGAAUUUUAAGAUCCAUCAAAGGUCUCCAACAAUGGCUCUACUACCUCACCUACGCCACUCAAACCCGCUACGCCUCCGCCUUUCUCACUCGCCAAAUCUUCUCAAUCCCAGAACUCCUAGGGACUCUCCCUUACGACUCCAAACACAACUGCACCAACAUGAACCUUAUCGAAACCUCAAUAACUAACAACCACCUCGGGUACUGCCGCUACUCCAGCGGCCAAGAAUUCCUCAUCGAGCGGUACUCCAGAGACAAGACUGAAGUCAUCUUCAGCGACGGCAUCCUCGACUCCGACAUGAACAUAGGGAUUACUUUUGCCUUCGCACUAGGAAUGGUAAUCUUCAACCUCUUUCUGUACCUAAUCCCCCUCCCCGCAUUCGUUAAGGCUAAAUUUAGAGAAUAAUGUACAAAUAUUUAAUAAAAUGUAUUUAAAUUUGA